UUUUUUUUUUUAGGCCUGUGGAGUUAAAUCUCGGUGUUUUGUGUCAUGUCUCUACGAUGCAGUAGCUGCCUACCUGGUGUGUGUGUCUGUGUCAGCUGGAGCCUACGUGCGAACUUGCUCGGGCGCUGAUGCAAAGCGGCACGUAGUCGGCAGGGGCCGCGUAUCGGACUCCCGUGAUCAAAAUAUAGUCCCGGGGGAGAGAGAGUGGGGGUUUUGUUACACUUCUGAUUUUAUCGCUCCUGUGCGGAUACGCAGCUGUAAUUUGCAGGCAUGACGUUAGCUGGAGACCAAAUAGACUUAACGGGGAAAAGGGGACGUGUUCUCGUUUGACAUGAUUAAUCUGAGGCUCAACUUCCCCGCAGCGGGAUUAGGACUGUCCGGGUUUAGCAGGAGGACAUGGAUAAAACUUUGCACAUUAUCCAGAAAUCCGCAGACCGUGUGCCGGCUGGGAUCUCUCUGGAUGUGAGUUUAAAUAUGAACGAAGGGGAAGAUUUCACGGAACAGCCGAUCGUUGGGCUUUCGGACAAAAUCCCUCUGGUGAAACCUUAUUUCAGGAAGAAACAGAGGAAAUUGGACCCCAAAUGCAUCCAACGCGCCCUGGACCCGAUACUGACUAGCCUACUGAGCACAGAUACUCUGGUCUCCGGGGAUGGGGUGUUUGUGCCCCGGAGCCAGCCGGGAAGGACUCCGGGAACCCUGUGCGCUGCGGCGGUGGUCAAGCAGAGCUGCGUGGGCCAGGUGUGUCUCAAAGACCCAGGAGCCGCCGAGGAUGCAACGGCUCCGACCGGAGUCCAGAGCUUGAUGAACCGGGACGUCGAUGUAGAGAUAGCUGAUACUACUGCGGAGCUAGAGGAGACAGAGCGACCCCAGCUGAAACCUGGCCUCCGGGCGGCGGGGAGCACAGAGACAAUCACACCCCCCGGAAGGAAUAUACCUCCGGUUCCACCCCCGGUUCCUCACCAGGAGGGGACCAUCAUCAAAGGCAAAGACCUCCUAACCUCUGGCGCUAAAAGUGUUCCAGUGAAAGACUCUUCUGCAAUCCAGGACCCCCACUCCCAGCUCCUGCAGUCAGACAAAGGGGUGCUGUUUCUGAAUAAAAGCGAAGAGGCCUCCCUGGACCUGGUGUUUGAGCUGCUCACUCAGCUCCAGUAUCACACACACCAGUCGGACUCAGUGGACAUUUGUGUGGAUUUCCUCCAGGGACGGUGUGUUUUUGGGAACGACUGCGCCCACCACCACACCGUCCUGCCCUACCACUGGCAGAUCCGCAGGAGCAGCACUCAGACAUGGCAGAGCAUAGCAGACGAUGCCCAGGAGCAGCUGGAGAGACUGUACUGCAACCCAGACCAGGAGCAAGUCAGACUCAAGUAUCAGGGCCGGGUGUUUCUGCUGGAGUUUGCGACGAUGCGAGUGUGCGACCUGGAGUUCGACUGCGUCCGACGGUUGACCACUUCCCCCUGCUCUGUCCCUGUUCCUGCGGCGAACGCGAACUCCACCCCGAGCUGUCACACAGUGUGGAAGUACUACUGCAGAGACAACUUCGGCUGGAGAGAGUACUCCGAGCCGGUGGUGAAGCUCAUCGAAGAGGCAUGUUCGAGGGGUCUUAAGGAGGUGCGAUUCAUCACGCUACAGAACCAGUAUAUCCUCAACAUCAAGGAGGGCUUCCAGCAGAACGCCGUCUUCGGCUUCAGACGGCAGAUCAAGAAGCGACCCAUGUUCAUGUCGUCUGUGAUCCUCACUCCACACCUCCAGACUUUGGGCGGCCUCGCUUUACCCGCUCUCCCCUCCUCGUCUGCCCCUGCGUCGACACCCAUGGACGUCUCCUCGUCGCAUCCCCUCUCACCGACGGCAACCAACCCGCCUAGCCUUUUCCCCGAGACAUGGCUGCCAAUGCCAAUGAACCAGGACUUCCUGCGGGUGCCCGUGUCGCGGGAAGACCGCAGCUACAGGACGGUGUACAGCCUGUUCCACAAGACGGUGUCGGAAACCAAGUUUAGGAUCAUCAAGAUCCAGCGCGUCCAGAACCCCUUCCUCUGGGAGAAGUACAAGAGGAAGAAGGAGUACAUGUCGCGGCGCAUGUCGGAGAUGGACCGGCUGCUGAGCGAGCGCCACCUCUUCCACGGCACCUCAGCCGAUGUGGUGGAGGGCAUCUGCAAGCACAACUUUGACCCGCGGGUCUGCGGCAAGCACGCCACCAUGUUCGGUCAGGGGUCCUAUUUCGCUCGUAGGGCCCUCUACUCCCACAACUUCUCCAAGCGCUCACCGAAAGGAGUCCACUGCAUGUUCUUGGCCAAAGUCCUCACUGGCAGGUUCACCGUAGGAAACUCCUCUAUGCGCAGACCUCCACCCAUUAACCCCCGGGACCCCUCCAGUGACCUUUAUGACUCCUGUGUGGACAACUGGGUGGACCCCCAGAUUUAUGUCAUUUUUAACGACGACCAGAGCUACCCUUACUUUAUUAUUCACUACGAGGAGGUACCCAAUACAGUCGCCAUAUAAGUCCUGCAUCAGAACUUUUGGCGUCUGUACUUGCAAAUGCUUGAGUCGCAGUCUGCAGGUGCUCCGUUAAGCUGACAGAUGGACUGGGGUUUCUAUUGAGUUUGGAAAAAGAACUCAUUUACAACCAAAUAAUCCAAGCAACUCUUUUGGAGUAAUGCAGUCCGGUGUCACCCAUCUGGUACUUUAAACAUGUGAAAGCAGACUAAGAGAUGCUUGCAGAUGUUCAGCGAUGUUCAGAGCGGUUGUCAACUGGAUUCAGACAGACUGGACUGCUUUAGACCAGAUUAAACUGGACUAAACUGGAUUAGCGGAGGACGGCUUCCCUUGGUGUUCAGACUUGAGUGGAUUUACCACACCUAAUGAAUCAGGAUCCCAUGGAUGUUCAUCACUGAGCCAAAGCAGAUAUGAUUUAUUUUCUUGCUUUGGAGCAGACACGGGAUAAAAGAACCUUUCCCUUUAUUACUUAGAUUAAUGUGUACAUGAACUUGCUUAGAGGACAAACACUGUCGGAGACGGUUAACAUCCUGCCUGUACUGUGAAUGACCAGCUAGUGAAAUUAUAACUUUAAAGAAUCAGAACCCAGCCAAUCAGAGGCCUCAGUAGAGAAACCAUAGUUACUUUCACCCAGCCUCCUGCCCGUACAUGUUUUAUUUAAACUGUGCUGCGUGCUUGAACCUCUUAAUCUAGUGGACAUUGAUCUUGUGGCCUAUUCAUCCAGACAAUGGAAAUGAGUCUCACUGUAAACCUCCUGGAAGAGGAUUCCCAUGGAGCUGCUCCCAGUCGCCCUCUUAUUUUAACCCGCCCUUCCUCUCCUUUCACUCCCCGCUACACUCUGGCUCCUGUCUGCAGGAUGACUGAAGAGUGUAGAGGUUUGAUGCCUGGACUCUAUGCUGCUGCAGUUGAGCUGUGCUGUAGCUUUUUGUCAACAAAUCAGCUGAAGCUCAUCUCUCUUAGACCGCUCUCUCGCUCAGAGACAGUAGACCAUUUUGUUUCUUGGUUGUUGUUUUUUUUCUUCUUCUUCUUUUUGAGACAAACUGUACAGGUGUUCCCUUUUGUUUAUAUUUGAAAUGUGUGCCUUUUGUUCAUAAACAAAUGUUUAUUUAUGUUAGUUUAAUGUAACAUUGAUUCAAUAAAAAAAACCGAAAAGAGCAAAUGA